UCACAAUCGAAAGCAAUCAACAAACGCGUGCUAUCAAGCAAUAUCAUACAAGGACGGGGGAAGAUUGAAGCCAGCAGACACUUAGCCUCUCAACAAACAUCCCACAGAUUGCCUUCCUCUUUUCAUUGAGUCCUUCCACCCAGCCCAAAAAUCUCAAACCACACACCACCACAAUGUCAACAACACCAAUUCCCAAAAACCGAUCCUCCAGCCCAACAGUCUUCGAACAGCAGCGGGCAGAGUUAGUUAGAGAGAUUGCAGUGGGCAUGGAACAAGUCCUCCAAAACAUCAACCGGCUGAACCGGAACCUGGAGAGUAUUAUUUCCGUGGGAAAUGAAUUCGGCUCUGUGGAAGCGCUCUGGUCCCAGUUUGAGAACUUUAUGGGCAGCAGGCCUGGGGAGGAGCAGAAGGGGGGUGGUGGUGGUGCUGGCGGUGCCGGCGGUGGGGGUGGAGGCAGGCAGCAUCAGGAUGAUGAUGAGGAGGGGAGUCAGCUUCACGAGGAGGAUCAUCGGUGAUAGGUGAGGAUAAUUGGGUCUAUGGUUUGGUUUGAAGUUCUGGUUGUUUAUGUGGGUAUGGAUUAGAUUGGUUGAUUGGUGUGGCGUAUGGUAGAGGAGUUGUUCUUUGUUUUUACUUGUACUGUUGUAUUGUUUAUUUCGUUUUUCCUAUUUUUGCUUUACUCUGUUUGCUCUUGGAAAUAUCGGGAUACGGAUACCAUAUGGGGGCAAUAACAGAGUUUAUGAGUUUGACAACAACACAGUUUCAACAAUUCAAGU